UGUUUGAGUCAAAGGACAGCGGUGCUGUUCUAAAGUAGUGUGUGUCUGCGCGUGUUUUUAAGUGUACUUAAUAUCCAACAUCUUUUGCUAAAUGUGUCGUAUUCUCUUUUGGAUUAAUUUUCUGACCAGACCUUCUAAUGCUUGUGCGUUGCUAUCGUCUUAGUUCGUAAAUCUUAAUAUUCUUCUGUCGGUCUAAUUGACAGCAGUUGAUCUUCGUCAGGUCGAGCGCGUUGAAUCUAAUGUAAACAAACCCAGUUUCGCAGUUUUCAUCCACAAACUCGCCUGGAAUCACCGUCAGCGGCUUUCACCAACCUGUUAAGUGUGUUGGAGUCAGCGGGAGAUGAUUUGGCCGUGUAGUCAGGCCUUGGACUAAAGUUGAAGCCGUUUAAUUGAGUCUGUCAAGAGUGUCAGGUUCGUCGCGAGGCCUCAUAUCUGUGGAUGAGGAAGUGAACGGACCGAGCUCACCCAGGAGAAAGGAUCCCAUUUCAUGGGAGAAUCCUCUUUCCUUUACUCCUGGGUGAACCGGUGAUCUGUCAAAAUGGAUGAGCAGGAGGCCCUGAAUUCCAUCAUGCAAGACCUGGUGGUGCUGCAUCGAUCCAGUCGACCAUCUGGUCUGCCUGACCUGGGCAAACACAAGGCCUCCUCUCCUAAGAACCAGAAUGAUGUAAGGGUGAAGUUUGAGUACAGAGGAGAGAAGAGGAUCCUGCAGUUCCCUCGACCUGUCAGUCUUGAAGAUCUGAGUGCCAAAGCUAAAGUAGCAUUUGGGCAGACCAUGGACCUGCAUUACACCAAUAAUGAGCUUGUGAUUCCGUUGAGUACUCAGGACGAUCUGGAUAAGGCCGUGGAGCUGUUGGAUCGAUCAGUGCAUAUGAAGAGCCUAAAAAUCCUGCUUGUGCUCCCCUCCUGUACUCAGAACUCUGUCUCCAAUAAGGACCUGUUGCCAGCUCACGAGAACUUGGACAACACAGACUUCAGUGCUGCAGCUAAAAAGAACAUGCUGGCACUCAUAGGUUCUCAGUCAACCGAUCGUAGUUCUCCUCCUCCAGGCUAUAUUCCUGAUGCUCUGCAGCAGGUGGCCAGAAACGGCUCUUUCACAAGCAUCAACAGUGAGGGCGAGUUCAUACCAGAGAGCAUGGACCAGAUGCUGGACCCUCUGUCUAUGAGCAGUCCUGAGAAUUCAGCGUCAGGCAGCUGUCCUUCACUGGACAGUCCACUUGAUAGUGAUACCUAUCCUAAAUCCCGUAUGCCUCGAGCCCUGAGCUACCCUGAUAACCAUCAAGAGUUCCCUGAGUACGAUAUACCAGUGUUUGAAAAAACAGGGAAGGGAGGAACCUAUCCUAGGCGAUAUCCCAUCUCGUUUGGUCUGCACGACUACAGCGAUGGGCGAAAGACCUUUCCCAGGGCACGGCGGACUCAGGCUCAUGGUUUUCGUUCUCCAGUGAGUUUCAGUCCAACAGAGCAGCAGAGCCCCAGCACUAGCAGUGGAAGCAGCAUCUUCACUCCUGAGCUAGAGGAACCAGGGCGCAGACGCCGCGGCAGCGACAUAGAGCCCAGCUCUAACCCCACUCUCUCAGUCAUGGACAUCAGCCCUCCAAGCCGCUCCCCUCGGGCUCCCACAAACUGGCGUCUAGGCAAGCUUUUGGGGCAAGGAGCGUUCGGGCGAGUGUUUUUAUGCUACGAUGCUGACACUGGCAGAGAACUGGCUGUUAAACAGGUGCAGUUUGACCCGGAUAGCCCAGAAACCAGCAAGGAGGUGAGCGCUCUGGAGUGUGAAAUUCAGCUGCUGAAAAAUCUAUUCCAUGAGCGCAUUGUUCAGUACUAUGGCUGCUUGCGGGACACACAUGAAAGAACUCUUUCCAUUUUUAUGGAGUACAUGCCUGGGGUAAGUAUGUUUUAAUUCACUUAAACACACAUGUUCUUGUAUGCUUACUGUGUUUUCUAAAGUUUUUGCAGCACUAAAAAAAG